AUGAGGGGUUACCAUACAGCAGGGCUUUCUGCAGUUAAGCAUAGGCCGAUUGGAAGUCGCAGGAGUACUGUGGUUGAUGCUGCUGACGUGGCAGGGGAGAGUUCUGAGACGUCUCAAAGUGCCGGUGAUGUUGCUGACGUGGCAAAGGGGGAGGAGCCGGAGGAGCAGAGAGGGUUGAAUGACCCGGGUUCAAAUCCCAGUGGCGGCAUUAAUCUGAUUCUCGGGAUUGAGACGAGUUGUGAUGACACAGGGGCUGCUGUGGUCACAUCCGAUGGGCAAAUUCUAGGUGAAGCCCUGGCGUCACAGGGCAAGGUGCACGCGGAGUGGGGGGGAGUGGUGCCAUCCUUGGCACGUGGAGAGCAUGAAAAGGCAAUAGACCCGGUGGUACAAGCAGCUUUGGAUGAGGCUGGCUUACAGCCGUCGGAUCUCUCCGCAAUAGCGGUCACGAUCGGGCCGGGGCUCAGCCUGUGCUUGAGAGUGGGGGUGAUGAAGGCAAGGAGAAUGGCGGCGCAGUGUAACAUUCCCAUCAUCCCCAUCCACCACAUGGAAGCACACGCGCUGGUGGCCAGGCUGACCCAUUCAGAUGUCACCUUCCCUUUCCUCGCGCUUUUGAUAUCAGGCGGGCACAACCUUCUGUUAUUGUCACAUGGAGUGGGGCAAUACACUCAGCUCGGAACAACUCUAGACGAUGCCAUGGGUGAGGCGUUUGACAAGACAGCGCGCCUGCUGGGUCUGGACUUGUCAGGGCCGGGAGGCGGAGGGGCAGCCGUUGAGGCGCUGGCGAGAGAAGGACACAGAGAGAGAUUUAAGUUCACUGUGCCACUAGCGCGUGUCAAGAGCUGCGACUUCUCCUUUUCAGGACUUAAAGCCAAUGUGGCACGCUGUAUACAGAAGGAGGCACCGGCAGCGCAAACCAUUCCUAUUGCCGAAGCAACUCCGGAGGACCGGCAGUUACGAGCCGACAUUGCUGCCUCUUUCCAGGAGGUGGCAGUGCUGCAUCUGCAAUCCAGAGUGGAGCGAGCAAUUCAGUUGGCGAGAGAAUCAACUCCUGCGAUUGACACACUGGUGAUGGCAGGGGGAGUGGCGUCCAAUCAAGUCGUCCGCACGCGGAUAGCAGCAGUCUGCAAGCAGUCGGGGGUGAGGCUCGUGUGCCCACCUCCCCGUCUCUGCACCGAUAAUGGGGUCAUGGUGGCAUGGGCGGGGUACGAACGCUUCAGACUGGGAAUCAUGGAGCCUCCGCCUGCUGUAGGGGAAUCGGAUGAUGACGCUUAUUCAUCCUCUUUCCUCGUGUCCCACUCUCCCAUCUCAUCCUAA